UCGCCGAAACCCAAGCCUCCCUUCCCGCAUCUAGCAGCCCGCACCUCAUGAGUCAGGACAAUGGCGGCCUCGCCCGUGGUCCUCCGAUCUAGGGUUUUAGCCCGCGCCGUCUCCUCCUCGCUCCGCCGCAGCAUCCUCGGCGCCCACCCCCACCCUCCUUCCUCGCCCCUCGCCGCCUCUUCCCGCCCGUCCGUGGUCCACAGGUUACCCUCUGUGUGCGGGGGUUUGCUCACUGUGAUGCCGCUGCACAGCGCCGUCGCCUCAACGCGCCUCCGGUCUGCGAUUUCUCCCGAGUCCCAGAGCUGGGGCGUCGUCCCCCAAGGAAACUCGAUGCCUUUAUGACAGCAUUGCUUGGAGUCAGCUGAGAAGCUUUUUGAAAAGUUUCAUAUUUGUCACAAAGUACGGACAAGCUUACAUGUAGCCAUUAAUGGUUUAUAACCGGUACAAAACAUGUUCCAUUUUCUUGUAUGGUGGUUACAGUAUCCGGUUCUGCAGGCUCAUGUUAUGAUUUAUGUUGCUAAUGCUUGUUUCUGGAAAUGUGGACUAGAUCGCAUGAUUCUGCCAAAUUCUUGAUCAAAUUCUAGAGAAGCAACAUUGUGUGACCUUGGGCGAGUGUAAGCAAAUGGCCAUACUUUUGCAAUGAUUUUCUUAGUUGAA